UGCAUCUUAAGUGUGAAGUUUGAGUUCAUUUUGGGAGCACCUCAACUCUCUUUUAAUUUAUAUCUUGAAUUCCAGGCCAAUAGUGAAUCUACAUCAAAUGGUGAUAUUCAACAAUCUGAGACCAGUUCUUUCGAUGACCAGCUAGAAGGAGUUGGCUCACAGAAUGGACAUCAAAACUGGGACCAUCAAUCUAGUGAGGUAAUGAAACUAAAUUUUAUUUCUUGUUUAAUUUUAUUGUGUGCAUUUCCUUUUAUUUAAGAAAAAUAAAAUUCCAGGCAGACAACGAACUUGAAUUGGAUUGUGAUGGAAGCAAUAGUGUACAUUCAGAAGGCAGCCAGGUGGAUUGUAACUCAGGAGAAGAAAAUAGUAGCUCAGAGUCUGAAUAUCUCAACUUCAAUCGCCAAACUAAUGAGGUAAUUAAAACUGCAAUGGAUUUCUUGUUUUCAUUUCAGGGUAAUGACUCUCUUGUAAUUUUUGUCUUAAAUUCCAGGCCAAUUGCGAAUCUACAUCAAAUGGCAAUGAAAGUGAUGGUCAGCAUUCUGAGACCAGUUCUUCAGAUGAUCCGCUGGAAGGUGUUGGCUCACAGAAUGGACAUCAAAACUGGGACCAUCAAUCUAGUGAGGCAAACAGUGGAUAUGAAUAUGACGAUACCAGUGACGAUACACAUUCUCACAGCCAGAACCAGCAUGAUGCAGGAGGUGGCUCAGGGAAUGAACAUUCCAGCUCCACUCAUCAAACUACCCCGGUAAUAAUUAGAAAUGAUUGUCAUCUUUCAUGUGUCUUCUUUUGUGGUAUUACAACACACUUUUCUUUAUUCCAGACAAAUAGUGAUAAUGAAUCGGAUCACUAUGAAGAUGGUGGUGGGCUCUCAGAAAGCGCCCAAUCAUCUGACCAACAAGAAGGAGAUGAAGAUGGAGGCCUUCAAGACUCAGGAAAUGAACAUGAACAGGAUGAAAAUGGUGGUUUUCAUUAUAUCGAACCCUUCAGGAAACUCAAGGCAAAACUACAGGAAGAAUUUCAGAAUCCACUGAACAAAACAGUGAACUUAACUGUUGGAGAAAUUUUAACAAAUGCUUUGACCCUGGUAAAGAAACACAACUGGAAUCACACUGAGAAAGAAGACUUAAUGAAGUUUGUGAAUUCUCUUUUUGAUUCAAAUGUUGUUCCUGGUACACGAUACCUCUUAGAUCAGUACUUUUAUUCAAAGGAAGGAAUGAGAUAUCAUUUUUUUUGCUCUGCAUGUACCAAAAUGUUACUUAGUACACCUGCUGCUACCCACUCAGAAACCCAGAUUGUUUGUCCGAAUCCUUCAUGCUUAAAAGUUAACUGCAUUUCUGACCUACAAAAAGCCUCUUUCUUUGUAACAUUUGAUUUACCUUACCAAUUAAAACUUUUGUUGGAUAAUCCUUCUAUCCGCAGCAAAGUUGUUAAUCCUAUUGAUUUUAAAUCAGAGCCAGAAGACAAAGUUAUGAGAGAUUUGUACCAUGGUUCAUCAUAUAGAUCAUUUGCUAACUAUGUGCAUAAUCUCUCCGAUACUGCAACAAAGUUUUUGUCCCUGUCCCUGUCUGUUGAUAGUGCAGCAUUAUGUAGUGGUUUCAGUGGCCAAUCAAUUUGUCCAUGCUUCAUCAUGUUGAAUGAGCUACCCCCUGUGAUAAGAAGCAAACAUUUGUUAAUAGCUGGACUGUGGUUUGGAGUGGAAAAGGAGAAACUAGAUUUAUUCCUUCCUCCAAUUGUAAAGCAUUUAACUGAGCUUAGUUCUCCAGGAUUUUCUUUACACUUCAGAGAUGUGACAUGGAAUGUAAAAGCUUUCUUGAUUGCUUGUAUUGCAGACUCCGUUGCUCGUUGUGAUGUUCAGGGUAUCCAUGCACAUAGAGGUGAUUUUCCAUGUAGCUGGUGUUUAUGUGAAGGAGAAGAAUAUGUGUCUUGUCGCAUAUUUCCGUAUACUGAAAUUUUACCUCCGCCAAGAACCAUUGAAGAGCUGCUCCAAGAUUCAAGGCAAGCUGAAAGGGAAAACAGAUUUGUUCGAGGAGUAAAAUAUAUGUGUCUUUUAGCGGCAGCUCCCAUGUUUCAUCCUGUGCAUGGUUUUAUCUGUGACCAAAUGCAUGCAAAGGAUGAGGGCACAACAAAAGCAUUUCUGAACUCUUGGUUGGGAGAGGAUGGGAAAACUCCUUAUUACCUUGGACAGCCUAACAUCAGGAAGAUCAACCGCCUUCUAACUCAGGUCAAGAUUCCGAGAGAACUACGGAAAGGUGUUAGGACCUUAAAACAUCUAAGCUACUUCACUGGAAGAGAGUUGGAAAACUGGUCGUUUUUCCUAAGCCUUGCUGUGCUACCAGGUAGUUUGCCUGAUAGGUUUCUGAAGCACUGGGGACUGUAUGUGCAGGGAACAUACCUCCUCCUUCUCUCAGCAAUACACUCAGAUGUUGUGAACCUUGGUGAAGACUUACUUGAAGAGUUUUGCCGUAAAACUAAAGGUCUCUAUGGUCGCCAUAUGAUGCGGUUUAAUUUGCACAUCCUUCGCCAUUUUGCUGAAAAUUGUAGGCGAUGGGGCCCACUGUUUGCACUUUCAGCAUAUGCAUGUGAAGCAGGUAACCAGCGAAUAAAAAAUCAGGUCCAUGACUGCAAUGGAGUUCCAAGCCAAAUUUGCCGUGGAGUCUCUGAAGAUAAUGCAUUAUCUCUACUGAAAGAUUCCUGUGAUAGUGAAAUGACUCGUUCUUUUGCCAAGUCUAUUGAACCUAAGAGCCAUGUGAACAGAGUUGAAUUGGUUGGAAAAAUAGAACUUAAAGGAUUUCCUAAGGCUUUUAAAGCAUCUGAAGAGGAAAAGUGGCAUUUCAAUGAACUUCAAGUAAAUUUGUUGGAUUGCGUUGAAUUUCCACUUCUAAAGAAGGACGGCUGUCAUUUUGGACCAGGCUCUUCACAUCGGCAGUCAAAGACUGACAACUCCUACGCCAAGUUGCAAAAUACAAAUAUUGUGCAUAUUGCAAAAAUAAUCUUCAAUGAGAGAACCAAAGAUAUUUGGAUUGUAGGAAAUAGGGUAAGAUGUGAACCUUCUCCUUACUGCCCCUUGAAAGUUGUAAGAUAUGAUUGUAGUUUAUGCUGUCAGUAUGUUCUUAACUCAAUUGAUGAGGAUAUAAUUGUUUUUGAUGUAAAUGAACUUUCUACUGUUUGUGUUAGUUUGCCAUUUGAGCAUGGUCAUUAUAUCACACCAAUGCCCAACAUUUUUAACAUGUAUUGA